CGUAGAAAACUGCACUAAAGAUAUAGACGCAACUGCAAGACUUUUAAAGAGUUGUGAUUGUCCAAUGUCGUGCGAAUUUACAAGAUAUGACGCUAGGAUAUCGUCAACUUUAUUUCUCUCCGAAUUUUAUGUCGAGCAGUUCAAGAGAUAUGUCUCCCCAGACUUGGAAAUGAACCACUACCGAAAAAACUACAUCAAUCUACGUAUAUACUUUGAUCAACUGAAAACUGUUGUGUCAAAACAGACUCCAAAAUAUUCAGCUGGAGAAAUGUUUGCUAACUUAGGAGGAAUGAUGGGAUUGUUUUUGGGAGCAAGCAUCGUAACAAUGACUGAACUUGGAGAAUUUGUGUUCUCUAUUCUAUGGUUUUUUAUCACUCGAUUUAAAACAGGUGGAAAGACAGUGAAACCAAUAAAAAUCUAGCGUUUUAA